GAGAGGGGUCGAAUAGACUGCGUAGAUUAGUCCCCAGACUGGCCGGGCGGCAAAUAGUGCGAGCAGUGAAGCGUGGGACGUGCUGACACUUUCACAACACACCAGGGGCAGACGAUAGAGCAGUACGUCAGCAGGUCAGGUGCCCCACCCCCGGGCCGUACUAAUGUCAGCGUACCCCUCAUGACGUCCACGUCACCCGUAGCGUCAGCGGCUGGGUCAAUAGCCAUGACGUCACCAGCUGGAUGGCCAGGCUCUCCAGCGCGGCAGUCACAUGACCUGAGCUUCAUGCAUCGGCCACCGAACAUCCUCCCCAACUACGGCAAGAAAUACAAGGAGAUCGUCCGUCUCAAGACCAACCUGCCCCGCGUCCUGCUCUAUGAUAACGUCACUCAGCAGACGGUACUCGAUGCUCAGCUGUCAGGUAUCGAUACCCAGAGCAUGAAAGUACGACGCGAGCUGGAGCUGCAGAGAAAAUCCUUCCUGCUGAGGAAACGCUUCAAGGAACGCUCGCUCAAGAAGCUGACCAAGGUCCAGCACUACAGCGACUGCACGGACUUUGAGAGAGAGUACCAGACCACCCAGCCCGGCCCCCACCAGCCCGGCCCCCACCAGCCCGGCACCCACCAGCCCGGCACCCACCAGCCCGGCACCCACCAGCCCGGCACCCACCAGCCCGGCGCCCACCAGCCCGGCGCCCACCAGCCCCGCGCCCACCAGCCCGGCACCCACCAGCCCGGCGCCCACCAGCCCGGCCCCCGCCUGCCGGACAUACGCUACAACAACAAGACCACCAGACCGCGGGGACUCGCCAGGGGCCACAGGGCCAGCACGAGAAAGGCCACGACGUCACAGGGCGAGUCACACACGGGAAGUGACGACAGAGAUUUUAGCCUGCCUUCCAUUGCCCAUAGCAACGAGCCGGGUCAGACUGAGCCACAGAGCCGGGAGCCGGGUCAGACUGAGCCACAGAGCCGGGUUGGCUACCGGGAGCAGAGAAGCGCUAAAGGGCUGACCCAAAUUUUUCAUACUUUCCCCAAUGGUCAAAGUAACGGUCGAGUUGACCCAGCUAGCGGUCAAACUGACAGUACCAAAAACAUGGAUGAAUCUGACGUCAUUUCCGCUGUCGUUGAAGCCAACAAACCGGAAGCCGUGCUUGAAGACCCAGGUGACGCGGAUCGUGACGUCACGUACAUUAACAUUGACGAUGAGAGCGCCGACCUGGUGGAGCAACUUCCGGUCAACGUGCACCAGCCGUUGCUGGACUACAGGUUCGACCAGCUGCAGCGGGCGCUGGUCAAGCAGGCGCCGUCAUGUGAAGGCUUCCUCGAGCUCAGUCCCAGCUUCGUCAGGCCGCACGUCUUCCAGGACGUUUCCAGAAGGUUCUUGCGCCUGGGGGAGCCGGCGGUGCUGGAGGAGGAGUGGAGGGGGAGCGUCUACUCGGAGGGUGUGACGCCGGCACUCACACAAGUCUCGGGGGAAGAGGAGGAUGACGUCAUUGAGAGCCGAGCCAACAGCGCCAUCAAGCGGCUCGGGGCUCGGUGACCUUGACCUACUGGACUGAGGUCAGUGUCAGGUCAAACUAUGACAUGUCGGGUUAACUGACGACCACAAAAAUUGGUUUCAACUGGUGUAGAACUAUGUAUAUAUACACUUAAAUAUAUAUGUAUAUAUACACUUAAAUAUAUAUAUGUGUAUAUAU